CGGGAUGCGCUGAGCGGCCGGAGAUCGAAGGCAAUGGAGCCGCUGGAGACCAACAGCAGCUGCAGCAACGGGUCUCUGAUCACCCUUUCGUGCCUUUCCCACCGGGCUGUGUGCCAAGUGAUCAGCAGUGCUGUCCCAGCUGACUCCACCCAGGACAAUGGCACUUCAGACAGCUCCUGGAUAACUCGGCUGGAAAACAAUUAUGGAUUCUACAUUGGCCUGGGCUUGGCUGUCUUCUCCAGCUUCCUCAUCGGGAGCAGCGUCAUCCUCAAGAAAAAGGGGCUGCUAAGGCUGGUGGAGAAGGGAGGCACCAGGGCAGGAGAUGGAGGCCAUGGCUACCUAAAGGACUGGCUCUGGUGGGCUGGCUUGUUAACCAUGGGUGGAGGGGAAGCUGCCAACUUUGCUGCCUAUGCCUUUGCUCCUGCAACUAUUGUCACGCCUCUGGGGGCUCUGAGCGUGCUCAUAAGUGCCAUCCUGUCCUCAUAUUUGCUUGGAGAACGGCUCAACCUGCUGGGAAAGCUGGGCUGCCUGCUGAGCCUGGUGGGCAGCACUGUGAUGGUCAUACACGCCCCAGAGGACGAGGAGGUCACCACUCUGGAGGAAAUGACUUCCAAGCUGAAGGAGCCGGGUUUUCUGGCUUAUGCUGCAAUCCUCCUGGCUCUCUGCUUCCUCCUGAUCUUCUACCUCGCCCCCCGUUAUGGCCAGAGCAACAUCCUCAUCUACCUCGCCAUCUGCUCCGUUAUCGGCGCCUUCUCCGUGUCCUCCGUCAAGGGCUUGGGAAUUGCCAUCAAAGGCUUCUUUGCUGGCCAGCCUGUGCUGCAGAACCCACUGACCUGGAUCCUGGUCAUCACUCUGGUGGCAUCCAUCACCACACAGAUCAACUACCUCAACAAGUCUCUGGACAUUUUCAACACCUCUCUGGUGUUCCCCAUCUACUACGUGCUGUUCACCACCAUCGUCAUCACCACUUCCAUCAUCCUCUUUAAGGAGUGGGUCACCAUGACUGUGGUUGACAUCAUUGGGACAGUCUGUGGCUUCCUCACCAUCAUUUUGGGGGUGUUUUUACUCCAUGCUUUCAAAGACAUGGACGUCAGUUUUGGGAAUUUACCCCAAGUCCUUCAGAACGAAGAGCCAGCGCCGGUCACCAGAGAUGACAAGAACAUCCUGAUAGAGGUGGACAACUCCAGCAUUGCCCCAGAGGACAAACCCAAAGCACUUGCAUGAACUCUAAAAUCCACACCAGCGUCUGGAGAGGAGAAAAUGGCUGUAAAUGGGACUCAUCUUUCUUCACUCCAGAAGUGCAUUUCAUUAAAGCAAUCCUGCCAUCCCUGGAGAAAUGCCAUGUAGAAAAUGAAGAUUUGAACUGAGGUAAUGAAAUAAUAGACAGUGAAAGAGUAUUUGUUAAUGACAACCAACAAAUUUUAUUAAAACUAGGCAAAAGGCACAAUGAAUUGCAUUCUUCAAGUAUUUGCAUAGAUGCAUAGAGAGCAUUGUUGUAAACCAUUAACAUGAGGACAUAGGAGAAAGUGAGAUGUAUUUGUUAUAAGUUCUCCCAAGUAAUAUUAUCUUUCAAAAAAUCAGGUUUAACAUCUUUUACUCCUCCUGCAGUUCCCCUGGUCUCAAUCACUCAAUUUGCACACAUCUGAAAAUUUAAUAGGACUUAAAACUACCUUUUGGAGAUUUUUGUGAUAUUCCAGCAAUAAAGUUUUCUAUUAGA